UCAUUCGGUGAACUAUACAAGUGAAAAGAAAAGCAACGAAAAAAAAAGCGACAGGGAGUGAGGGAGCCCAGUGACUUUGUGUUGCGUCGAGGGGUUGAAAGAGAGAAGGGCCAUAGCCAAUAGGAGGUCGAGCGGCACAAGAUCAAAGGAAAAGAGAGGCAACCAAUGAGCGGGCCGGUUUUGGCGGAUGGCCGCCGGAAACUUGCGUCAAGUGGAGACGCCCAAUCCUGUGGCCUGUGCAGUGCGGUCUGACGUCCAGCUCUUGACGGCGGCAACUCAGGAGGGGCGGAGUUUGUGGUUGGAAGGGAGAAAUCACGCUCGGCGGAACACAGCAUUUGCCCCCGUUUAGACCGGGAACGCCAAAAUGAAUUUAAAAAAAAUACCUGGAAUAAGGUGAGAAAGAAAAAAAAACCCAGACUUGCCUUGGCAACAGCGUAUAGUGCAUUACUAGCAGCUGGCGUUGUCUAACAUUAGUCGAAUAACUGGGCGAGUCAGCAGGCUGGUCAACGGCGAAACAAGUGUGAAGUUUGGAGCCAGUCGCGGCGGUGGCGGCUCGAGUCACGGCAACUUUUUGAGAGCUGAUGUGGGAGGGGUUUGGCGUGAAUGUAGCCCACCCACUGGAAAACAGUGUGGGUGAUGAAGCCAUGAGACUUCAUAUGCGGUGACUGGGGAGCCAGAGUCCCGAAAGCCCGUAUCCAAUUUUUGAAGCGGCCAAGCUGGGAUGUGGCGGAGGUGAGAUCGGGGAGCUAGAGAUAGUCAGACCUUGCUCUGCCACUUGACAGUCUCAUUGCAACCGUCGAUUCUCCAUCACCACCAGCGCGUGCACCACGACCAGCAUCUUACGAUUUUGACGAAUCGAAAGUUUGAUCAGGUAAAUCGGAACUCGACCGGAAGGCAGACCAACAUGGACAGAAAUAACCAAAAUGAGUCUCGGGAUGGUUCUGACGGCGAUUCUCCGAUCCAUCCUAUUCAAGAUGUCCUGGGGAACAGCCGACGAGACUACGAGCGCCAGCAUCCAGUGAGCCGGACUCCAUCUCCGUGUCUGUCCACAACGUCGACGUCAACUUCGUCGUGCGACAUGGAUCAACAACAACGUCACUGCGAUAAGCUGUUGGGAAACGGACAACCGCAACAACCGCAACACGCGCACAACUACGUUUCUCUUUACGGGCCUCAAUCUACUGCGUCAUCAUCCGCAACCGGCUAUCCGCCUCUUCCGUUCCCCAUCCCAGUGCUGGGAGGAUCCUUUCAGCUGCCGAUGCCCAUGUCCUACGCGAUGGGAACGACUGGCAAGACCAGCCAUCAUUCCCAUCAUCCGCAGUAUCCCAACGGAGUGACGGUCUCCACUAGUGGUGGCAUCACGACUCCGAGUAACAGCGGCAGCAGCAACAGCAACAUCACCACUGUCAGCACAAUGGGAGUUCCGUCCAGGCCGGUCGAGAACAAUGGAGCCAGCAGUAAGAAUGCCAUUCCCGGAUUGACUUGUCUCGUCUGCGGCGAUUCCAGCUCAGGAAAACAUUACGGCAUUUUAGCUUGCAAUGGAUGCAGCGGAUUUUUUAAGCGGAGCGUUCGUCGCCGGCUCAUCUACAGGUGUCAAGCUGGUAGCGGCCAUUGUGUCAUUGACAAAGCGCAUCGCAACCAGUGCCAGGCAUGUCGCCUGAAAAAAUGUCUACAAAUGGGAAUGAACAAAGACGCUGUUCAAAACGAACGCCAGCCCCGUAACAGCGCCACUCUUCGACCGGAAAUUCUGGCCGAAAUGGAUCACGAGAGGAUCAUUCGAGAAGCUGCCGCAGCUGUCGGAGCUUUCGGGCCUCCGGUUUCACUGGCCAUGGGUCUUGCCUCGGCCGCUGCUCAUGCGCAUUACGUCAACGGGAUGGUUGGUGGACGAGGAGAUGGACAUCAUUAUCCAGCUGCAGCUUUACACGCCGCCGCUGCCGCUGCUGCCGCCGCAGCCUCUUCAGCAGCAGCGGCUCAACGUGCCGAGAUUGAACGAGAAGAAAUUGACCGUGACCGAGAUUGGUUGACUUGUCCCUCCUACAAAGGUACUUCGUCGGGAGAAGGUGAACGAACUCCUAGCGCCGUUGAAGACAGCCCAUCUCCUUCCGCCCCUCCGCCCAGGAAAUUGGCUCGCAUUGAGGGAGCAUUUCAUCAGCAUUUCGGCGUCAAUCAGUUUCGUCGAUCGCCGUCACCUCAGCACAUCCAACAACAAUCCAUUCCUCCUCCCCUGCCAUCAUCAUCCCUUCCUUCCAUCUCACACUCACAACCACCGCCUCUUACCCCGGUUGUUCCAGGCCCAAUGCCGCCCCUCUCUUCGAUUGUUUCCAGCGGUAGCGCUGGAUGGUAUCAGAACGAAAAUCAGCAGCAACACAAGCAACAACAACAACAACAACAAACAUCUACUGCGACAUUCCUCUCCACUUUCCAACCGCAGGACAAUAUUUAUGAAACAGCGGCACGCUUGCUCUUCAUGGCUGUCAAGUGGGCUAAAAGUUUGCCCUCUUUUGCUGGACUACCUUUCCGCGAUCAGGUCAUUCUACUGGAAGAAUCGUGGAGCGAAUUAUUCCUCAUUUGCGCAAUACAGUUCUGUUUACCAAUGGACAACAAUCCGCUGUUUUCGCUGGCCCACUUCAACCAGCCCCACUCGGCAACUUUAGGCUGUGGCAAUGGCGGUGGAAAUAACGGAGGAACCAACAACAAAAAUUCACAGCAAACUGGGACUGAUUUGCGCUUUCUGGCGGAGCUAGUUACGCGUUUCCGCGUGGUCGCUGUUGAUCCAGCUGAAUUUGCAUGCCUCAAGGCUAUCAUCCUAUUCAAGUCAGAAACCCGUGGACUGAAGGAUCCCAUACAAGUUGAGAAUCUACAGGAUCAGGCGCAAGUGAUGCUAAAUCAACACAUCCGCAAUCAGCAACCGCAGCGGCCUGCUCGUUUCGGUCGACUUCUUCUCACACUUCCUCUGCUUCGUCACGUUACAGCCCACCGAUUGGAACAGUUGUAUUUUCGCCACACCAUCGGCUCCACUCCCAUGGAAAAGGUUCUCUGCGAUAUGUACAAAAAUUAAAUUCCAUUCUCUGGUGUUGCUUGUAUGGGAAUGACCGACGGGCUGACCCGGGAUCCUCAGUAUAUUACCUACUCCUAAAAAGCUAUGUGUGCAAUCCCACAUCCCUGGCAGGGUAAAAUCAUUUUUUUCUUAAAAAAUAUUAGGGUGAAAAUAGAACCAAUAAAACUCGAGUGCAAUCGUCAAACUAAGUCAACGUUCGCCAUCACAUAGAUAUUUUUCUUCUUUCAAUCGUAUUUAAUGGUUUAUGUUAACUAUAUAGCUUUACGUAUUACUAACUGACUUAGAUUUCUUUUUUUUUUGAAGGGCUAACCUGAAAUUGAGAAAAAUGUUUUAGUUUGCUUUAAUAGAAAUGUGUUCCAAGUAUAUGCUUGUCUGUCUUCCUCGUUACUGUUAAAAUAAUAGAUAGCCUACGAUUCAAUACAGUCGUCAACGUACAA